AAAAAAGAAAGAAAAGGAGAGAAGCUCUAUGUCAUCAAUUCACAACUAUAAGUGGACAUUCCCCAACCUGUUGCUUCUGUACCAGCUCUGCUUUCACCAUUCUUGGCCCUUUCUCAAGAGCACCUGAAAAUGAACAAAUCGCAGAGACCAGUUUCAUUCAAGGACCUGACUGUGAACUUCACCCAUGAAGAGUGGCAACAACUGGACCCUGACCAGCGGCUUUUGUACAGGGAUGUGAUGUUGGAGAACUAUAGCAACCUCAUCUCAGUGGGGUUUCGUGUUAGCAAACCAGAUGUGAUCUUCAAAUUGGAGCAAGGAGAAGAACCAUGGAUAGUGGAGGAAAUUUCAAGGGAGAGCUACACAGAAGAUGAUGAUGCCUUAGAGAAGGACAAGGAAAUUCAAGACAAAUAUUUGAGUCAAAACAGCACAACACUCAUUACAAAAAGAGUGAAUGCAUUUGGAACAAUGUUUACUCUGGGCAUGAAUCUUGUUCCCUCAAGAAAAAUACCUUACAAAUGUGAUCCAGGUGGCAACAGUUUCAAAACUAAUUCAGAAAUAAUUGUUGCAAAGAAAAGCAAAGAAAAUAUAAAGGUUCCUGAUGAACAUAGUGGAUGUGGGAAGGCCCUGCUCCAUGCUAAGCAUGUAGAAAGUCAUUCUGGAAUGAAAAAAUGCAACUAUAAUCAAGCAGUGGAAGCCAGCAGUCAGGAGGAAGAUCUUCUGCAGCAGAGCAUUCAGACUUGGAAACAACCUUUUGACCACAAUAAGUGUGGGGAGCCCUUCUUCAGGAGGGCACUCCUCUCUGCAGAGAAGACAGGAUGUGCUGAAAAGAAGCCAAAUGAAUGUGAUGAAUGCAGGAAAACCUUUUCUAAGAGGUCCACCCUCAUUGUGCAUCAGAGAAUUCAUACAGGGGAGAGACCCUAUGUUUGUAAUGAUUGUAGGAAAACCUUCCGCGUGAAGACCAGCCUCACUCGACACCAAAGAAUUCAUACCGGAGAGAGACCCUAUGAAUGCAGCGAAUGUGGGAAAGCCUUCAUUGACAAAUCUGCCCUCAUCGUGCAUCAGAAAAUUCAUGGAGGGGAGAAAUCCUAUGAGUGUAAUGAAUGUGGAAAGACCUUCUUUCGGAAGUCAGCCCUCGCUGAGCACUUCAGGUCACACACAGGGGAGAAACCUUAUGAAUGUGAGGAAUGUGGGAAUGCCUUUGGCAAGAAAUCUUACCUCAUGGUACAUCAGAGAACUCACAGAGGAGAGAAGCCAAAUGAAUGUAAGGAAUGUGGGAAAACCUUCUUCUGCCCGUCAGCGCUCACUGCACAUCAGAGAAUUCACACAGGAGAGAAGCCCUAUGAAUGCAGUGAGUGUGGGAAAACCUUCUUCUGCCAGUCAGCCCUCAAUGUGCACCGAAGAAGUCACACAGGAGAGAAGCCCUAUGAAUGCAGUCAGUGUGGGAGAUUCUUAUGCACCAAAUCAGCCCUCCUGGCACAUCAGAUAGUUCACAGAGGAAAGAAGUCUUACGAAUGCAGUGAAUGUGGGAAGUUUUUCUGCCAUAAGUCAACACUCACGAUACACCAGAGAACCCACACAGGAGAGAAGCACGAGGUGUUUAAUGAAUGCGGUAGAACAUCCGUGGUGAAGCCAAACUGCAGUGACCAUAAGAGAAUGGACACAAAGGAGAAUCUGUAUGAGUGUCAUGAGCAUGGACAUGCAGCCAACAGAAGCUCACACCUCUUUGCACACCAGAGGACCAUGUGGGAGAGACCCUACGCAUGCAGUGAGUGUGGGAGGACCUACUGCAGGAAGUCAGCUCUCACUCACCAUCAGAGAACACACUCGGGGGAGAGGCCCUACGAGUGCAAUGAGUGUGGGAAAACCUUCUGCCAGAAGUUCUCCUUUACUGAACACCAGCGAACUCACACUGGGGAGAAGCCAUACGGAUGUAGAGAGUGUGGGAAAUCCUUCUGCCAUAAGUCAGCCUUCAGAGUCCAUCAGAGAAUUCACACAGGAGAAAAACCAUACGAAUGUAACCAAUGUGGGAAAACCUACCGUCGGCUGUGGACACUCACUGAGCAUCAGAAAAUACACACAGGGGAGAAACCCUAUGAAUGCAAUGCAUGUGAGAAAACAUUUCGCCACAAAUCAAACUUCCUUUUACAUAAGAAAACUCAUAAGGAGUAAGUUCAGCAAGGCAACAAAUCAAGUAAUUACAUAAAGCUAGAACUGAAUAUGCAUGGGGUAGUGAAAUCUUUUCAGUGUAAGGAACAUGGGAAAAUUUUCUGCCACAGGUCAGCCCUCACCAUACUAUCAGAGAGCUCACACAGCGACACAGUUUGUUUAAUACACGUGGUAUCACAUUCAGUGUGAUCUCUGAAAAUGUCAGCAAUUCAAACACUACGCCAAGUGUGCCUCCCUUUAAAAAAAAUGAAGUGUUAUUUAAGUUUGUUACUUUAUUGUUCUCUUCAGUGUUACUUGAUAAUGUGUCAGCAGGUGUGAAGGUCUAAUCUUACUUCAUUUUAAAUCAGUGCCAGUUUUUCUUAUGACAGUUGAUUAACUGCUAAUGUAGAGAUUUAUGGUAUAUUAAAUCAUCAGGUUAGACAGUUUGUUUUCUGUCUUCUGUCUCCAUCUGUUCUGGUAACAGACCCCCAUCCCUUUAUCUGCAAAGGUGACAAUUAGGAGGACUAACCACACUACUACAUAUCAUAGGGGUGUUUUCUUAGAAUUCAUCUAUCAAAUUCUGAGAAAGGGGCCUCUGUAAUGAUGAUUAAAUUAUAUUGUAUGGGUGCAUGUGAUUAGGCCGUUUUUAUGGAGAUCAUGUUGAGUCCUGAUUUCUGAGUGGGUUUUUCCCUAAGCCCUUUCCUGGCCUCUCUCUGCCUCUGUGCAUUCUGCCCAGGGAGCACAAAGUGAGCCCACCUAGUUGGUAAAUCUGGGGAGAGUAACAGGCUUGCUCAACUCAGCGGUUUUCUGUCUUCAUUGUGGGCUUUCCUGAAAGUAUGAUUUCCUGUCAUGGGUAUUGCCAGUGACUAAGUAAGCACAUUGGCCUCAUCUGUCAUUCAGCUAAUUGGCCUAUUUGGUGGUCAUGCCAUGUUGCCUUCUCCAAAUCUGUCUUCAUCUGUAAUAAAGGCCUCAUCCUGACCCGUAA